AUGUCGUGGGCAGGCUUCAAGAAGAACGUCAACCGAGCGACGACGCAGGUGAUGAUGAAGACGGGGCACGUGGAGAGAACGAACGACAGGGACUACGAAGUGGAGGAGAGGCGAUACAGAACCAUGGAGUCGGCAGCAAAUCGGCUCCAAAAAGAAGCAAAGGGAUAUUUAGACAGCCUGCGGGCCAUGACAGCAUCGCAGAUGCGAAUCGCGGAGACAAUCGACGCAUUCUACGGAGACGCUGGCACCAGAGAUGGAGUCUCGCGAUCUUACAAACAAGCGGUCGAAGAUCUCGACGCCGAAACGAUCAAAGCGCUUGACGGACCAUACCGGACGACAGUCCUCGAACCCAUUUCUCGGUUCUGCGCGUACUUUCCCGAUAUCAACGAGUGCAUCAAGAAGCGCAACAACAAGCUCCUUGAUUACGACUCCAUGCGCUCCAAAGUCAAGAAAUUGGUGGAGAAACCCGAUAAAGAUGUCACCAAACUGCCCCGCGCAGAAAGAGAAGCCGAAAUGGCCAAACAAGCCUACGAGCAACUAAACGAACAACUUUUUACUGAACUUCCUCAACUCAUCGACCUUCGUGUUCCUUACUUGGACCCCAGCUUUGAAGCACUUGUCAAAAUCCAACUCAGAUUCUGCGCAGAAGCGUACAGCCGCAUGGCACAAGUUCAGCAGUACUUGGAUGCCGAUACCAGAGAUCAAUAUGCUCGUGGCGACUUGGACAAUCGGGUGGAACAGGUUCUCUCCGAAAUUCGGGACCUGACUAUCGCUGGAACCGUCUAA